AAGAAACCAAAAAAAAAACAAAAACAAAUCAAAGUAAGGGAAACAUUCAUACCGUUAUAAUCUGUCAUGGGGUGAGUUUAUUCAGUAACUUGAGUAAAAAUUGAGGAAAUGAAUUAAAGUCUGCUUAAGUAUUUUUUACCUUUCGCUUUCUUAAAAAAGUUUGUAAGUGUGCAUCGCAACAACAACAUGGCGGCGGAAACGCUGUGUGCAGCUGUUGUUAGACGGAUGACGUGCAGGUAAAUAAUCAAUAGUUGUCAGAGGACGUGGUUUGAAAGGCGAUCGGAUGGGUAUGGAGGGAGGCUGCAUCACACGUGGCAUUCUUUUAACAAGAAUCAAGGGUAAACAGUGUGUUCUUCAUCUCUUUCUGUGUAUUGUAUUUCAGAAACCAUGGUAACCUGUCAAAAUGGGAAGGAAAACGGAAGUAAGGAAAUACAUGUAUACCUUAUUCUCUUAGCCCUGUUGGUGUUGGAAUGUGAGUUCAAAUUUACAGAGGACAGAAAUGGAAUGGAAUCCAGACUGAUUUAUGAGUCUGCUAAUGGAAGUUCUUAUACAGGAAUGGACAGCUACAAUGGUGUGAAAUUCCUCAUCUGGGCCGUACAUGUGAAUGUCACACAUGACCAACAUGAUGUCACCAGUCAAGCUGACCUCAUUGCGGAUGAAAUUGGCUUACAUAAGUUGGGCAGUGUAGGAGAACUUGCAGAUCAUUUUUUAUUUUCGUAUCUACCAGAAUCUUCACAAGGAAACUUAAUGCUGCUCAACCAAGUGUACUCUAUUUCUGAUGUGCAUUCUAUUCACAAGAAACAUGUCCCUGAUUUUGAGGAUGUUGCCAGUAAUGUUGGUGUCAAGCUCUCCAACCAUCCAGCUGUUGUUUGGUUUGAACGCCAGACAGCUAAGUCAAGACAGAAACGGUCAACGUUGCAUUUUAAGGACCCCCAGUUUCCAAAGCAGUGGCAUCUGGUAAACUUUAAGGAAGAGGAAAUGGAUAUUAACGUGACCGGAGUUUGGGACAGAAACAUCACUGGGCGGGGUGUUACCGUAGCAAUACUUGACGAUGGUCUGGAGUGGACCAAUCCUGAUAUUAGACCUAACUACAAUGCUGAAGGAAGCUGGGAUUUGAAUUCUGAGGAUGGAGAUCCAAUGCCGAGUGGGGUAAAAGUUGAGAAUCACCAUGGGACAAGAUGUGCGGGAGAAGUGGCUGCAGCUGCAAAUCAUUUCUGUGGAGUGGGCGUCGCCUACGAGGCAAAAGUCUCGGGUCUGCGCAUUCUGGAUGGACCAAUGACUGACAGUCUGGAGGCUUCUGGAUUCAACAAAAAUAUGCAGAUAAAUGAUGUGUAUAGUUGCAGUUGGGGUCCUGAUGAUGAUGGAAAGACUGUGGACGGCCCUCAAAUUCUUGCAAAGAGAGCUAUGCAUCAUGGGAUAGACUUUGGUCGGCAUGGUUAUGGAAGCAUUUAUGUUGUCGCUAGUGGUAACGGAGGAGAGCAUCAAGACAACUGUAACUAUGAUGGCUAUGCAAACUCUAUUUAUACAAUAACUGUCGGGGCUGUGGAUGAGACAGGCCAGAUGCCUUACUAUGGGGAAGAGUGUGCUUCCAUGCUGGCUGUCACCUUCAGCAGUGGGGGUCCUGACCGACGCAGUAUUGUGACAACUGAUUGGCGUAAGGAUGGAGGCACAGGGUGCACAGCACGCCAUUCGGGCACCAGUGCUGCCGCCCCAUUGGCUGCAGGCAUGAUAGCUUUGAUGUUACAGGCUCGGCCCUGUCUGACAUGGAGAGAUGUACAAUACCUGAUCAUCCUGACAGCCCUAAAGGUGGACAUAAAUAUUGGGAAGUGGCAAAAGAAUGGAGCAGGUCUUCAUCACAGCUUGGAACAUGGAUUUGGUUUGAUGAAAGCUUGGAGGCUGGUUAAUGCUGCUAAGGUUUGGAAGUCUGUACCCUGGGUGACUGUUUUCAACUCUGAGCUGUUCACACCAGAUCAGCCCAUACCCAACAACAAUCAAGCCCUCAUCCUCUCCCAUACAGUAACUGCUGCCAUGAUGUUAGGCUACGAGCUAAAGACAUUAGAGCAGGUUCAGGUCAUCGUGACCUUGUCACACUGGCGUCGUGGUAACCUGGAGAUCCGCCUAACCUGCCCCAGUGGCACCCAGUCCAUUGUAGGGGCGGCACGUCCCAAAGACAGCUCAGGAGAAGGCCUCAAUGGCUGGGUGUUCUCCACUGUGCGGUGCUGGGGGGAGAUGCCCUUGGGGGAGUGGAGCCUUACUGUGAUUGAUACUGGUGCGAAGACGUCAAACCCCACAGGCAUGCUGAGAAAAUGGCAACUCAGGCUGUUUGGGUCACCCAUGACGCCAGAAGAGUUCCAAUCCAGGAAAAGGUUGAUCAGUGAGGCUAUGUCGGGGAAGUUCCUGAAUGACAGCUACAAUUUACCGUGUCCUCCUCCAGACAACACCGAGCCUGAAAAACCUGUGAUAGAGGAGAGAGUGCUCAAGGUGCUUCUACUGUCUGGAGCAUUUUGUAUCUUUGUUGCCCUGUACGAGACCAUGGAGUAUGCCCUGUGUUACAAUGACGAAAAACAAGAACACAAAAAGCUACUUUCAUUGACAGCUCGGGCUCAGCGAUUGGCUCGUCGGCACAGUGGGGUCACAUAUCACCAGAUAUCAGGAGAGGACACAGCCAUUGGUGUGGAGGAGGAGUGUAUCCCCAUGACAGCCUUACAGGAGCGCCAUCUACUGGCAGUGGAUGGUAACAAUGAAGAUGUUUUGUUCUGUGCAGAGACAGACACAAGUCUCAAAGAUUUACACAAUGGUAUUCCAAAGGAAAUUGUGGAUAGUUUAUCCCAGGAUGAAAUUAAACUAAACUUGGAGUUACAGGUUGGUGAUAAAUUUUGUGAUUCAGAAAAACGUGAGAUGCCAGAGUUGUUUGACCACAGUUUGGCCAGCUCUCUUGUAGUGGAUCUUGGACAUUCUCCAAGUUCGUCUUUCCCAACAGCAGAGCCCAUGAGUAAGAGGUAACCCCAAACCUCUUAUAUCAGACUUCCAUUACAAUGAACUGUCUCCAGGAUGCGUAAAGUUUCCCUAUACUGACAGGGUUUAUUUGUCACAAAUCUAAGAUGUUACAGAAUGACUUGCUCAAGUUAAUGUUGCAUUUUUGCAGUUCAGGAGCUGUGGUUUCAUUGUAUGAUAUACAUGGCAUAGUUUGGCUGUGUAAAAAAGUGAGACACUGUGAAAAAGUACAU